CCAUCUGCGCUCCGUCCUACCUCAAUCACGAAAGCUCGUCUCGAGUCAAGGUAGCAGAUCCGUGGUCCUCAAGUGAACAUUACCAAGAAAGAUGCACACAGCGCAUGAUCAAAAUGACAUGUCCAUUUGUGCUUAUGGCUGCCGUGCUCGACAUCCAGCCCGACUCGGCAGGUGCCGCAACCUCGACGCGGUGAGUCGCAACCAUCAGGAAGCCGCCGUCUUUGACGCGUUGAGGGUAGCGCUGAGCAGUACCGUCAACCUCGGCGCGGGAGAGCAUUUGCACACAUGGGAUGCAACCGGGGGGUCGUUGUGUCGACACCGAAUAAAGGGUCUGCAAUGGAAGAAGCGUCGCCAAGCGCGCCGCCAUCUCGCUCGCUCAGCCAUUAUCUUGCUAACGGCACAGCUGCUGCGCAUCGGCUGAUCGAGCGGUCGCCCGGUGUAAAGCCGAUGAUGGCUUCAGUGCGAUCUACCAAGGCGGUAGGGUAAAUGAAGAGAGAGGUUUCGUGCCGGUCUCCGUUCGAAAUACGCAGGAUUGUCUACAUUCGGUGAACCAUAACGUUAACACCAAGCGCAACAAUCUGUAUCAUCGUACUUCAUAGACAAUGCCAC